GGCCGGUUUGAGAAGAACUGCCACAUAAGAGUCCUUUCCUCGAUAACGCGCUUGCGCUUGUUCUUUUUCACGAGUUACGACGUCAAGGGAGAUCUGGUUUUGCAAUAAUGUCGUACUACGUUCGGGUUUUCCGUGCACAGAGAUUAACUGGAUUUGCGGCAGACAUUCAGCAAAGAUGCUUCAGUGCAAGUCCAUUAAGCUUCGCUGCUGCGAAGGUGGCAAUGUCCAAAUUCGACCAAACCUCGUACCUCCCAUACGAUAAACUGGAGAAUAACAUCAAAAUUGUUAAGAAACGACUGAAUCGACCUCUGACACUGUCUGAGAAAGUUUUAUACUCUCAUAUAGAUGAUCCUCAAAAUCAGGAAGUUGUUCGUGGAACAAGUUACCUGAGGUUGCGACCUGACCGUGUUGCCAUGCAAGAUGCUACUGCGCAGAUGGCAAUGUUACAGUUUAUCAGCUCUGGUCUUCCAAGAGUGGCUGUACCAUCAACAAUCCACUGUGAUCACUUGAUCGAGGCUCAAAUUGAUGGAAAACAAGAUUUGAAGCGUGCAAAGGAUGUCAACAAGGAAGUCUACAAUUUUCUAAAGACUGCAGGAGCUAAGUAUGGAGUUGGUUUUUGGAAUCCAGGUUCUGGUAUCAUCCAUCAGAUUAUCCUCGAGAAUUAUGCUUUCCCGGGUCUCUUGAUGAUCGGUACCGAUUCCCAUACCCCUAAUGGAGGUGGUCUCGGUGGUCUUUGCAUUGGCGUCGGUGGUGCUGAUGCCGUUGACGUUAUGGCGAACAUCCCCUGGGAGUUAAAAUGUCCCAAGGUCAUCGGUGUGAAACUUACUGGAGAGAUUAAGGGAUGGACCAGCCCUAAAGAUGUCAUCUUGAAGGUUGCUGAUAUUCUGACUGUCAAGGGUGGCACUGGUGCUAUUGUAGAAUACUUUGGACCUGGUGUUGAUAGCAUCAGCUGUACCGGGAUGGCGACUAUUUGCAACAUGGGUGCUGAAAUUGGAGCUACGACCUCCGUCUUCCCUUACAAUGGACGCAUGAAAGAUUAUCUUAAGUCUACUGGACGUGAAGCUAUUGCAUCUGCUGCUGAUCAAUAUAAGGAGAGUCUUCUGACUGCUGACGCUAGUGCUAAAUAUGAUCAGAUUAUUGAACUUAACCUCUCGACGUUGGAACCACAUGUAAAUGGACCGUUUACCCCGGACCUUGCUCAUCCUAUCUCAAAAUUAGGCGCUAACGCCAAAAAGAACGGAUGGCCUAACGAGAUCAAGGUCGGUCUCAUUGGUUCUUGCACGAACAGCUCUUAUGAAGAUAUGGGCAGAUGUGCUAGCAUUGCCAAACAAGCUUUGAAACAUGGUCUCAAGUCCAAGUCAACGUUCAAUGUUACACCUGGAUCAGAACAGAUUCGUGCUACCAUCGAGCGUGACGGAAUUGCUGAGACUCUUCGUGAAUUCGGUGGUGUUGUACUCGCCAAUGCUUGCGGACCUUGUAUUGGUCAGUGGGAUCGUCAGGAUACCAAGAAGGGUGAAAAGAACACUAUUGUCACUUCCUACAACCGUAACUUUACUGGACGUAAUGACGCAAAUCCCGCAACUCAUGCUUUCGUGACGAGUCCUGAGCUCGUUACAGCUCUUUCUAUUGCUGGACGUUUGGACUUUAAUCCGGUCACUGAUAAACUCAAGGGUGCUGAUGGCAAAGAGUUCAGCUUGGAUGAUCCGUACGGUGAUGAACUUCCCAGCCGUGGUUUCGAUCCUGGUAUGGAUACCUACGACGCUCCUCCACCUGACGGUAGCAAAGUCCAGGUCGACGUCGACCCCAAAUCCCAGAGAUUGCAACUACUUGAACCCUUUGACAAAUGGGACGGCAAGGAUCUGACCGACCUCACUGUCCUGAUCAAGGUUAAAGGAAAAUGCACUACUGAUCACAUCUCAGCUGCUGGACCCUGGCUCAAGUAUCGUGGUCAUCUGGAUAAUAUUUCCAACAAUAUGUUUAUCGGAGCUGUCAAUGCUGAGAAUGGCGAGAUGAACAAGAUCAAGAAUCAGCUGUCUGGUGAGUGGGGUACAGUACCCGACGUAGCCCGUUACUACAAGAAGAACGGUGUUAGUUGGGUAGCUGUAGGCGACGAAAACUACGGCGAAGGUUCUUCUCGGGAGCACGCCGCCCUGGAGCCACGUCACUUGGGCGCACGCGCCAUCAUCGUCAAGAGCUUUGCUCGUAUUCACGAGACAAAUCUGAAGAAGCAGGGUCUGUUGCCACUGACUUUCGCUGAUUCUAGCGAUUACGACAAGAUCCAGCCUACUGACAAGAUCAGUUUACUUGGUCUAAAAGAUCUUGCACCAGGUAAACCAGUUCAGGCAGAGAUUAAGCACAAGGAUGGCAAAGUUGAAAAGAUCACACUUAACCACACACUGAAUGAGCAGCAAAUUCAAUGGUUCAAGGCGGGUUCCGCCUUGAAUCGCAUGAAGGAAAUUGCAUCCGGACGUUAAGCAUGUAGUUUGAAAAAGAAAAUUCACCAUCGCGAAACAUCGCACACAAUUACAGCUAGUUACGCUAUAGAUUGGGUCACCGAGAGGACGAUUUGAUAUUAAUUGAUUAUGUCAUUUCUCACUGUUAUUAAUCUGCUUUAACAUGAGCUAGUCGUAAGACUCGGUUCUGAAGUAACCAGAGUGACUAAAUAGUCAAGAAAGAAAGGUCCUAGAAGUGUAGAUUGUAUAAUAAUAGAGGAUGGGUGUAGGAUAUAAACUUGAUAAAAUAAAUAAUCGAGAUUAUUGAUCUCGCGGUAUUUUGAUGACUCCGCGCGGGACGCUGAUAAAUACUGUUACAUUGCGUAAGAGUGAAAUAAUGUCUGAAUUGGAUACCAAGCUAGCUGAGUUUUGUAGUAUUCUGGAAUCGAUUGUUAAUUACGUGUCGCUUAAGAUAAGUCGACCCCAUGCAUGAUUUUUACCUUGCCGAAAACAAAGUAGAAGUAAUUUCUAGUUCACUAAGGGAUUUAACGGUCAGCGUACGCGUGUCCUUUUUAUCAUGAAGAAAAAAAACGUGUACAACCCCGAGGUCAACGCGUGCGCCGUUAAAUCGCAAGAGCCAAAACGAGAAUAACCUUUACUCGGUGAUCUUGUACAUAUAUACAUAUACCAUGUUAUUUAGUAAAUUUUUAUGUAUAAUCUUGAGAUUCGCUAGCUCGUUAUACUACGACUGAUUUCGGUAAUCUAAUGUAAAUCUAGGAUCACGCGCAAUCGGCGAGAUCUAAUAAAAUUAUUAAAA